AUUGUCCUCUCUCUAUGUUUUGUCUUGUUCAAAAUAUACAUCGCACCGAUACAGUGACCGCUGGUCAACUAUUAUACUUUCAACUAAACACCUAUCAAGAAAUAUACAGAACCAAAAAAUAUUAUUGUUUUAGUUUACUAUCUGCGGAACCAUCCAAGCCGAGUUCAUUCUAAUCCACAUUAAAUUACGUCCAUGAUUAAAUCAUGCAGGCCUAAGAUUCAAAACAUCUAAAGGUUUAGUUUUACUACAGAGACUUGAGUCUUGAGCUUAAAAUAAAGGAAAUAGAAUAACCGCGGUAAAAAUGGGGAAAGAAGAGAAGCUUUAUCCCAACUAUGACAUGGAUAUAUGGUUUCGGACGUGUGAGCAAGAGGUCAUCAAACCUUUGGAAGGAAAAGUGACAGGAACUAUUCCAUCAUGGGUACAAGGCACUCUUUUGAGAAAUGGCCCUGGAUGCAAGAAAAUUGGGGACUGUCAGUACCAACACGUGUUUGAUGGAAUGGCGUUGAUACAUAGAUUUGUCGUAAAAGGCGGCCGAGCAACCUAUCAAUGCAAGUUCCUGGAAACUGAAGUGUACAAAAAGAACACUGCUGCCAAUCGAAUCGUGGUCACAGAGUUUGGAACCAAGGCUGUUCCAGACCCCUGCCGUACUAUCUUUGACAGAAUAUCAUCCAUGUUCAACUUCAGUGUGGAAGCGACAGACAACACAGUGGUGUCCGUGUAUCCUUUCGGGGAUCAAAUUUACGCCAUGACUGAAGCACCCGUACUUUAUCAAGUGGACCCCGAGAGUCUGGAGACGUUAGGACAAAAGCGUCUUCCUGCAGAUUCCCUGAUAGUAUUUCACACAGCACAUCCCCAUGUGAUGCCCAACGGUGAUCUGUACAAUGUGGGUUUAAGCACUGCCAAAGGUUAUGUCGUAGUGAAGUUUACCAAUAAUGGAAAAGGCAACAUGUUCGAAAAGGCAGAAAUCGUGGGCAGUGUCAAACCAAGAUGGAAACUAAAUCCAGCGUACAUGCAUUCAUUUGGUAUAACCGAGAACUACUUCAUCAUCAUUGAACAACCCUUAUGCAUUUCCCUCGUGAACAUGAUGCGUCGAGUCAUCUUCCCUGACGCCUUUUCUACAGCUCUGGUCUCCUAUCCAGAAUACGAGACAAAAAUCAUCCUCAUCCAUCGGGACACUAGUGAAACAACUCAGUACACUGUCGAUAACUUAUACUUCAUGCACAUAAUUAACAGCUUCGAGCAAGAUGGGAAGGUGAUGCUCGAUCUGUGCUCUUACAAAGAUGGAAAACUCAUUGAUGCCAUGUACCUAGAUGCUGUCCAGACAAGAGAAAGUAACCCGGACUACGGCAAAUGGAUUCAGAGUCGCCCCAAGCGCAUCACCAUCCCGCUGGAUGCACCGCCGAUGACUAAAGUUAAAGCUACACUUAUUGGUGAUGUGGGAAUAGAGGUGCCGAGGAUCAAUUACGAAUUCAAUGGUCGGCCGUAUAAAUAUUGCUAUGGAAUUGGUUCUGAUAUAGACACAGAGUACAAGGGAGGAAUACUUGUAAAAGUUAAUGCUGAAACAAGAAAUUCUACAGUGUGGCACGAGCCACAUACUUAUCCAAGCGAACCUAUAUUCAUCCCCCAUCCCGAUGCGAAGGAGGAGGAUGACGGUGUCGUGCUCAGCGCAGUAUUGUGGGGUAAAGACGACCACAAAGUUACAUUGCUAGUGUUAAAUGCGAAGAAUUUCGAAGAAAUCGCGAGGGUAGAUUUUGUCACCCCCUCACAGGCUCCUCGAUGCUUCCACGGCUGGUAUUUUCCCGACCAGACUUCAGCAAAAUGAUCAAACUUUCAACUGUUUAACGAAUUAAUUGUUUUAAUCUAUUUAUUAUGUUAAUGUGUUCAUUGUAAAUAAACGCUGCGUAUUCAUCCAUG